GGCCUGCGACGGGAGAUCCAGGCGCACGGGCCGCGGCUGGAGGAGGUGCUGGAGCGCGCGGGCACGCUGGCCUCGCUGCGUAGCCCGGAGGCGGAGGCCGUGCGCCGAGGUCAGGAGCAGCUGCAGGGCGCCUGGGCCGGCCUGCGGGAGGCGGCGGAGCGGCGGCAGCAGGUGCUGGACGCCGCCUUCCAGGUGGAGCAGUACUACUUCGACGUGGCGGAGGUGGAGGCGUGGCUGGGCGAGCAGGAGCUGCUCAUGAUGAGUGAGGACAAGGGCAAGGACGAACAGAGCACCCUGCAGCUGCUCAAGAAGCACCUGCAGCUGGAGCAGGGCGUGGAGAACUACGAGGAAAGCAUCGCGCAGCUGUCGCGCCAGUGCCGGGCGCUAUUGGAGAUGGGGCACCCGGACAGCGAGCAGAUCAGCCGUCGGCAGUCUCAGGUGGACCGCCUGUACGUGGCGCUCAAGGAGCUGGGCGAAGAGCGCAGGGUGAGCCUAGAGCAGCAGUACUGGCUGUACCAGCUCAGCCGCCAGGUGGACGAGCUCGAGCACUGGAUCGCGGAGAAGGAGGUGGUGGCCGGCUCCCCUGAGCUUGGCCAGGACUUUGAGCACGUCACGGUGCUGCAGGAGAAAUUCUCCGAGUUCGCCAGUGAGACGGGCACGGCAGGGCGGGAGCGGCUGGCGGCCGUGAACCAGAUGGUGGACGAGCUGAUUGAGUGCGGCCACACGGCGGCGGCCACCAUGGCUGAGUGGAAGGACGGGCUGAACGAGGCCUGGGCCGAGCUGCUGGAGCUUAUGGGCACAAGGGCUCAGCUGCUGGCCGCCUCUCGGGAGCUGCAUAAGUUCUUCAGCGAUGCCCGAGAGCUUCAGGGUCAGAUCGAGGAGAAGCGGAGGCGACUGCCCCGUCUGACCGCCCCCCCUGAGCCGAGACCCAGCGCCAGCUCCAUGCAGCGGACCCUGCGGGCCUUUGAGCAUGACCUGCAGCUCCUCGUGUCCCAGGUACGGCAGCUGCAGGAGGGGGCAGCCCAGCUGCGGACGGUGUACGCGGGUGAGCACGCAGAGGCCAUCGCCAGCCGGGAGCAGGAGGUGCUGCAGGGCUGGAAGGAGCUGCUGGCAGCCUGUGAAGACGCCCGCCUGCACGUCAGCUCCACGGCCGACGCGCUGCGAUUCCACAGCCAGGCCCGUGACCUGCUCUCCUGGAUGGACGGCAUCGCCGGCCAGAUUGGGGCAGCUGACAAGCCCAGGGACGUGUCGUCAGUGGAGGUGCUCAUGAACUACCACCAGGGCCUGAAGACUGAGCUGGAGGCACGGGUGCCUGAGCUGACAGCCUGCCAGGAGCUGGGGCGCUCUCUGCUGCUCAACAAGAGUGCCAUGGCUGACGAGAUCCAGGCACAGCUGGACAAGUUGGGAACCAGGAAGGAGGAGGUGUCAGAGAAGUGGGACCGCCAUUGGGAAUGGCUGCAGCAGAUGCUGGAAGUGCACCAAUUUGCCCAGGAGGCAGUGGUGGCCGAUGCCUGGCUGACAGCCCAAGAGCCGCUCCUGCAGAGCCGGGAGCUGGGCAGCAGCGUGGAUGAGGUGGAACAGCUUAUCCGGCGACACGAGGCCUUCCGCAAAGCGGCUGCAGCCUGGGAAGAAAGGUUCAGCUCUCUGCGGCGCCUGACCACGAUAGAGAAACUCAAGGCGGAACAGAGCAAGCAGCCCCCGACGCCCCUGCUGGGGCGCAAGUUCUUUGGAGACCCCACGGAACUGGCGGCCAAGGCAGCGCCCCUACUGAGGCCAGGGGGCUACGAGAGGGGCUUGGAGCCCCUGGCUCGUCGGGCCUCGGACACACUGUCCGCAGAGGUGCGGACCCGGGUGGGGUACGUGCGCCAGGAGCUCAAGCCCGAGCGCCUCCAGCCGCGCAUCGACCGGCUGCCGGAGAUCCCGGGGAGGGUGGAGACUCCAGCCCCGCCGGCCGCACCCGAGGAUGCGGCGGAGACCCCCGGGGCCCUCGCGGCGGCGGAGCAGGUCCGGCCGCGCCCAGAGCGCCAGGAGUCAGCUGAUCGCGCCGAGGAGCUGCCCAGGAGGCGGCGACCGGAGCGUCAGGAAUCGGCCGAUCAACCCGAGGAGGCUGCGCGGAGGCGACGGCCAGAGCGGCAGGAAUCCGCGGACCACGAGGCGGCACACAGCCUCACCCUGGGCCGCUAUGAGCAGAUGGAGCGGCGGCGCGAGCGGCGCGAGCGGCGGUUGGAGAGACAGGAGUCCAGCGAACAGGAGAUGCCUACCAGAGGAGAGCUGGCCAAGGGGAAGGCCACCCUGGCUGACAUUGUGGAGCAGCUGCAGGAGAAAGAAGCAGGCCCAGGGCUCCCUGUCGGGCCGUCGCUGCCUCAGCCUCGUGAGCUUCCCCCAGGCCGCCUGCCCAACGGGCUUGAGCCGCCCGAGCGGACACCUCGGCCGGACCGGCCGCGGGCACGGGACCGGCCCAAGCCGCGACGGCGGCCGCGGCCCAGAGAGGGUGGUGAGGGCGGGGGAAGCCGGCGCUCGCGCUCCGCCCCGGCCCAGGGCGGCUCCGCCCCCGCGCCUCCGCCACCGCCCACUCACACAGUGCAGCACGAGGGCUUCCUGCUGCGCAAGCGCGAGCUCGACGCUAACCGCAAGUCGUCCAACCGGUCUUGGGUGAGCCUGUACUGCGUUCUCAGCAAGGGGGAGCUGGGCUUCUACAAGGACGCCAAGGGUCCGGCGUCUGGGGGCACACACGGCGGGGAGCCACUGCUCAGCCUGCACAAGGCCACCAGCGAGGUGGCUAGUGACUACAAGAAAAAGAAGCACGUCUUCAAGCUCCAGACCCAGGAUGGCAGCGAGUUUUUGCUCCAGGCUAAAGAUGAGGAGGAGAUGAACGGCUGGCUGGAGGCUGUGGCCGCUUCAGUGGGAGAACACGCCGAGAUCGCCCGCUGGGGGCAGACACUACCUACCACGUCCUCCACGGAUGAGGGCAAUCCCAAGCGGGAGGCAGGGGAGCGCAGGGCCAGCGGGCGCCGGAAGUGACUUCCCACCCCCUGGGCCUGACCCAUCCCCGCCCCUUCUCUCCGCACUGUGGGCACAAAGACACUUUCUCUUCCGCAGGGGCGGGAGCCCCUAGUUCCACCAACACUGCGGACGCGCCAAGAUGGGCACUGGAAAGGAGGGGACUUCUGCACUCCAGGAAGUGGUGGGGGGAUUGAUGCCCCUAUAGCCAUAUCUCGGCCCCUUCCUGCUCGCCACCCCACCCCAGGUGCUGGGGCUCCAUUAUUUUUAUGCAAUAACUGAGUUGGGAGGGGCGGGUAAGGGGCCAGUUGAGCCAAGCCCCCUGCCCCGAUCCCCAGAUCCUGCCCCAAGAAGCUGGGGUGGUAGGGGCGAUAAUUCCUGCCCCCCUCUCCGCCCUAGGGAUGGGCAUGGGGCCGCUGGUGAGGUCCCCUGGACCAUCCAGGGUGCUAGGGGGUGGGGAGGGGACGUCUCCUCCCCGCCUUUACCUCACUUCCAAUGCUGCCUUGAUCUCUGUCUGGGAAGGAGGAGUGAAGGGGCCUUAGCCCCUGCACUCCGCCGUCUCAGAGCCAUGCGGUUAAUUCCUGACUUAGUUUAUUUUUGCAAAACGUCGACCUCCUCCUCCCCCGCCCCGCAUCCGCGAAGGCUUUUAAUGGGAGGGGCGUCAAAGCUCAAAACUGUCUUCCUCUCUCCUCCCCCCUCCAGCUGUAAAUGCCGCUACGUGAGGGGAGGGGCGAGGGGAAGCCCUCCCCCCUGCAUGCUUCUGGCAGAAGCACCUCCCUAGGGAGUGGGGGAACCGGGUUGUGGGCAGCCCCCAUAGCCACCUGGCGGAGCCGCUGGGGCCCAGGGGUGUGGGGCGGUGUGGCAGGCGCACACUGUAUGUACCUAUAAUAAAUACUUUGGCUUUGACGGUCUAUGCUGGUUUGUUCGCGUUUCAUGGGCUGCGCCUGAGAGGGGGUGCGGGGGGAGGGGAAUGGAGGGUGGCGCGGGGAGAGACUGCGGCUGCAGAGAACAUUUAGAUGUCCCCUUGAUGUGAACUAACUUCGGGGUCUAAACACACGUCCCCGACGAAGCAC